UUGGGACGACACAUUCCCCAACGUAUCCCGCUCGGAUAUGUUGUCCUACGAAUGUACUGGAUGUCCACUGGAAUCCGCAAACCCGGUUGUUCGUCCGGAAUCUCAAGUUCUCCACUUCUACACAGCCUAGUUAUCCACAGGGAAAGUUCCCGGAUGUUGUCAAGACCCAGAUUUUUCGUAGAGCUAGAGGUUAGCUGCUGUUAAAUAUUGUAAAAUGGGAAAUGAAGCAUCAUUGCCGGUAGAACUUUGUUCGAAUUUUGACAAUGAAGAAAUCAGAAGAUUGGGAAAGCGAUUUAAAAAAUUGGAUAUAGAUAACUCAGGAUCUCUUAGCGUAGACGAGUUUAUGUCAUUACCAGAGUUGCAACAAAAUCCAUUAGUGCAAAGAGUGAUUGACAUAUUUGAUACAGAUGGAAAUGGCGAGGUAGACUUCAAAGAAUUCAUCGAAGGCAUGUCACAAUUCAGUGUAAAAGGAGAUAAGGAAGCCAAGUUACGAUUUGCAUUCAAAAUAUACGACAUGGACAAAGAUGGAUACAUUUCCAAUGGUGAACUGUUCCAAGUGCUAAAAAUGAUGGUCGGCAGCAACCUUAAGGAUGCACAGUUACAACAAAUUGUCGACAAAACGAUAAUACAUGCAGACGUAGACAAAGAUGGUAAAAUAUCAUUUGACGAAUUCUGUACGGUGGUGAGAUCUAUGGAUGUACACAAGAAGAUGGUGAUUGACAUUUAGCCACAUUCUGACCAAUCACAAGGUGGUAGGUUCUAUGGAUGUACACAAGAAAAUGGUAGUUGACGUAUAGCCGCCUCUCGGCUCCCAUAUAGAUCCAGGCACUCACCACGAAGGAUGCACAACUCCUACAGGACUAUUACCUCAAUUCAACAACAAGCACGACCACCAAGUCAACACCCCUUCUUGAACUGGCGACAAAAUCAGUGAAAGUACUGUCGUCAAAAUCUGUGAAAGUUUUCCAAAUGCCUCACCAUGACGUAAAAGAUACAAAAACUAUGUACAGUCGGACUUGCUUAGAUCUAAACACAGCAAUUCAUCGUCAUAAAAUUCUACAAUCGUUUAUGAUUCCAAGUGUACAACCAAACCUUAGGCUGAUCAGACCAUCACAUUUUCUACAGCUGUAUCAGUUUUGCUUUCUUCCAAAUCACUUAAUAGUUCAGUUUUUUCUGCCACAUCGAAAGGAGACAUGUUUGUUUGGUGUCACUCUACUUUUAAACAUGAGAGCAAAGCUAAGGCUCUGUUACUCUUGAAUAUCUCACAUUGUUGCUUGUUGUCUAAAAGCAUGUUUUUGGCAUCCGAUAUGGCAGCACUGCACAUCAUGUAUUCAUGGUAUUUUGGGGUUGACUUGACAGGAAAUGACAUCAGAUGUAUGUGCAUCGAAUAUGCUAUAACAGUAAACCAUGAUUGUGUCGAUAUAUAUUGCAUAUCAUCAUAUUUUAAGAAAAGCAUAAAAAAUCUAAAUAGUGACAGUUUUCUCUGUCUGAAUAUGUUUGUCUUCAUUCUACUGGUUCCUGGUCCUGUCACAUGCUGGCUCUGAAACAACCCCGUUCUUCAGAUCCUACAAAACGGCUCAAGCCAAAUUGACGCGACCACGAACCAGGCUUUUCCAACCAGCACUUUUCCUUCAGCACUUAUUUGGUUCUAUUGUAAUGAAGUUAGUGUCACCUCGUGCAGUUGGUUGUUAUUUUGUAUUGCAGUUUGCCCUUUGACUCCUUGUGGUAAAGGUUCUGUAGUGGUUUUGUAUCAUUUUGUGAGCUUUCCUCUCACCAUCAAUUGCCCAUUUUUACUCGUUUGCUCAUCUGUCCGCUUGAUAGCACUUUGUGUUAAUAUGUCCCCUUGGAGCAAAUACUGACUACGCCGAAUAUAGCUACCGGUAUUAAAGUUUACUAAACUACAUAAGACUUUGAGAUUUGGGGCAAUUUCAUCCCCCAUUGCCAACUUCACCUCGCUUUACCUUGCUCGUCUUAGAUUUAGUAUGCAGCAUGCUAUCAGGUGGACAGAGGAAAGAAUGUUGGUAGCUCAACAAAUCAUGCAAACUGUCCAGUCUACCGAUGGAUGAAGUAAAAAUUGUGAAAACAGAUGACCAAAAUCAUGGUGGAAAUUCAAAUUAAUAUACCGGUUACGAGUCACAUUAGUCUUGCCGGUAGUCCGGCAGCUUGUAUGAUAAGAUAGAAUCUCAUGUCAUCUACAAAAUUUCCAAACAUGAAUUCAAACUGUUGGUGAUGUUGCUGCUACCACUGAUUUUUGUCGCAGGCAGCUGUGAUGACCUACGCAAGGGAUCUGCAUGUGAUCAUGGUCGUAGCAAUUAAAAUCGCUUACUAACAGGGUGCUUUAGUCACUUCUGUGCGCCGUACUUACGUGAGAACCUUAUGUUGCCAUGGUGUAUUAAAGCGUUCCUGAAAUUUCCCUGUCAUUUUAUGUAACGAAAUGCCGCCCUCAGCUCAUAUAGGCUUGAAGUAUCACCUGUGCUUGAGUCCAUUGUUAUUGUUCAUAAGUGUGGUAUAUCUAUCAACUCUGUUCACUCUCUCGACCUUCUUUGUCGAGAUGCUUACCCUCUGUACAGAUGAAUAUAGAUGUAUCAAUAUGAUUAUACAUGUAUAACGUUUUACAAUCUUGAUAUAUUAAAUAUAAGCUAUAAUAACGUAUAGAGUCCAAUGUGAUUUUCAAGUUUGUGAAGCUUAUGCUCUUGUUCAUCUUUAAAUGCCUUCUGUCAAACCACGAGAACUUGUUUCACGACCUGAAGACGUGCGUAAUGUAACAUGAGUGACAUCAGGUGACAAUUUGUGUAUCUAAAUCUGUCCCCAUGUCAACGAAACUAGGCAGCAGCUUGAGGAGAUCAGCUCCAAAUGGAGGCAGGUGGAUUGAAAAACAAUGUUUUUGGCUUGUUGAUUUUGUGAGAGCGCAUUGAGGACAAACAAUUGGAAUGCUGCUGACAGUGUCAUUGGUUCAAGAGUUGCAUGUGACACAAUCAAAAAACAAAAUUUGCAAAACUUAUCUUCUCAAACAUCUUGGGAGCACAAUUUGUACUAUAAACUUGGCCAGGUGAUGUUGGGACUUUCAAAGUGGCACCACUUGUGUUGUCAACAUACUGAGGUUGCACAGUGUCCACACGUGAGGACAUCUUCAUUGGGGCUGCUCUCCAGAAAGUCGAGCCUCCUGACCGAUUUUACGUGAACCGGAUCGGAAAAAAUGCAAUGAACGCUGUCUUUAGCGACUGACCAUGUUCCUCUGGGCUGCACAUUGUGUAUGUACAUAUAAGCAUAGAUAUUCCUCCAGGCCUUUCAUAUGUGUUACUGUACAUGUAAUAUAGGUAUUGUGUAUAUAUAAGUUUAUAUGGAUGGUAUUUUUGAACUUUUCAAUCAUCUGGGUCUAGUUAGAUACCUUCAUACCAAAUGCAUCACAGGAGUAACACCCUAUUCAUGUUCCGCGUUAUAUUUUUUGUAUUUUGAUACAUUUUUGUUACCCGAGCAUGCAUGUUUUCAAAUGACCUAGAAAUGGGGUGGUUUUAUGUAGCCUUAUUUUGAUCAUUUGUAAUGCCUAAGUUGCGAUUGAAUAACCAGGUUUGGGUGUCAUGAUACCAAAUUGACAAUACUGUUCUUCACUUUUGAAUCUGAUACAAGUCAAACCAUUGAAGGAACUUUCUUAAUAUAUUGAAAGGGGAUUGAAGAGUGCUAAUGCAGAGUGUGAAAGACAGCUGCAGAUUGCAGGUAUGGUAGAACUUGGCAUCUAUUGGACUCUUACUCGCAAAUAUGGCAGACAGACCUUCCAAGCCAUAUAAGUCAAUAUUCCCAGUCAGUUGAUGAUGUGCUAGAUGGAUUUCAUAUUAAAACGGACAACACUGCUAGUCCAAUUUAGGCAAGUUUUACUGUAUUUCCACUGACAGCUAUUGAGUGAAGACGGUACUUUCAGCAAAACUUUGAGGACAAUCUCAACUGUCAGGUCGCAUGUCUCAGUUGAUGCACUUUGGUUACCGAGGCUGCCAGACAUGAACAAUACAAAGAGCACUUUUGGGUAAUUUCUAAAUUCUUUACCCCUAGAUUCUUACAUGAAAAAGUAAAUUUUUGGUGUCGUCGUCCUAUGCUAUUUUCUGUGUUUCUUUGAUGUUAAUUUGAGGUUGUCCUUCCAUGGCUUUGAAACAGUAAGAAUUGAUGUUGUUGCUGGUUUGGUUUGGUUUGGUGUGAGUUAAGUGUUGAUGGUUCGAUGGCAACGAUUGAGUAGUUUUGAUUGUCCUUUCUUGAGUAGCUUGUGAGAGUUGACAGUGAAGAAGUUGUGGUGUCUCUUCUCGUAGGGGAGCAAUAGACAGGCAAAAUUGGUGGUCUCCAUUUAGUCUGCAAAGUUACAGGAUUUAGUCUGGUUUGACUUUUGUGACAAAAAUUGUCUGUGUCCAAGUAUGAAGAUCAAAGUUUACUGCAAGAUAGUAGAGACACCUAUGGGAAACUUCAGCAAACUGAAUCUGGGCCACCUACUACCUGUAGUCUCCCUGGAAACCUGGAAAAGGACUGGGGUGCUUGGAAAAGUUACCUUGUCAUUCAUAGGCCAUUUGAGAGUAAUUUGUAGUCAAGUGUUGGAUGCACAUUGCUGUCAUAAUUGCCCCAUUGGUACAAUGUUAUGGUCAAAUAUUACUUGUAGUAGCCCCCUCUUUUAAGGGUUCACCUGGCUAGAGAACUUGCGACCUAACCCCUUCAACAGUAAGUUUUGUAAUCUGUCAGUGUUGUAUUGGUGCCUCCAGUGGAGGUCUGCGUGUCUAGGCAUAAAUAUACUCAAAGUAGAUAGAUCAUUAUCAGUGCACCUUAUCUUAUAGCACGUGUGCUGAAAUGCAAAUUGUAGUAUUGUGCAAGGUUUUGUCUCAUUCUCAUCUCAUAUUUAAUAAAAUGAUACCUCGAUCAUUUUGCCUCAAGUGGUAUAAGAUAUUUGCCAGAUUUGUUUUGUAAUUUCUGGUUUAAUGGGCGAGUAAAAAUGGUCUCUUGUCUUCUUAAUGCCAAGAUUUGAUGAGCACGUGUUCUGUGCUGGCUAUGAUCAACAAGAAGCACAGGACAUGUCAACAUACUCAUUAGAUUAAAGCUGAACUUGUGAGAUAGGUCCAUGUCUCUUUCUCAGCGUAUGUAGGUUUGUGGUGCAAAGUGCUUUAUGUAACUUGAACUAAUUGAUUGUAUAUUGUUGUCAAGCUGAAGUACAUCAAACUUGGUUCUUUUCACGAGAAGCUCUUUCCCAUUUAACCCAAUGUCCUUCUUCACUUUGGCUUGCCCAUGAUGUUGAGACGUUUUCUUCUCAUCUGGUUGUGUGCUGACAUAAUCAUUUGGGGGCUUCAGAAAUAGGGAAAAAAAUCGAUGGCAGUUUCUAUUUCAGCUAGUAUAUGGAUGGUGCAUCACAAAUGGUCUUCAGACAGUACAGAAAAUGACAUAUUCUGGAUAGUUCAGCUUUAACUUUAAUCCACCCUGAAUUGGCUGUGAGUUCUCUGAAUCUUUCCAUGGAAUAUUACAGUAACUUACUGGUCGCUUUAGUUGAGAUGGAUCUACCCAUUAAUGGUGGCAACUGAGUAGCAUGCUUGUACACAUGCAUAGUUGUAGCUUUUGUAGUGAAAUACAUGUACAUAUUUUCAUUUAAUAUAUUUUAUGUGUAUAAAUUUUGAUGAGAAAGGUCUGGUGGAUAUAAUAUGAGAAAUAUGAAUACAUAGUGUUAUCCUGAUGUUUGUGCCAGUGUGUGUUGUGGUACUUGACGAAUCACAGUCCUGUAAAAAUCUUGCGGCUCAUGCAAAAUUCACUCUUUAAAAGUUCAAAUCUUUGACACUGAACUGGUUCUACUAUGUUGGUUGAGCUGCAUCAAAUGGUAGCAAUGUCCGCCAUGCCAUCAAGGGUGUGAUAUUUUGAAUUUGUGAAUGAAGGCCUCGAGGUUUCUCCAUGUGAGAACCUGCCAUUGAGGACCACUAUAGAGUGACUUCUUUCCUUAGUCUCUUUUUCUCUCAAAUGAUUUGCCAGAAACUAGCGCUUGGCAACUCUUUCAUUAGCCAUCCAGCAGUCCCGAUGACCAAACACUCAUCUUUGUAUCUCCAAUAUAAAACCAUAAUUUUGGGAACUAAAUGAAAUUUAAAGCUAUCACUCAGCCUACGGUUAAUACCACAAGGAAGAGGCCAGCACUUUGAUUGGGUUUCCCAGCAGGUUGUUCAUUUUCAAGUUUCUGUGAUGAGUAAUGUUUUGUGGGUGAAUCGUGAAAAGUUGUAGUUAUAUAUUGUUGUAUAUAAUGAGAUGUAAUUUUACAAUGCCUGCAGGGGGACACAAAUCAGACAGUGUACUGGAAAAUACCAUAAUUACAGUCACCAAUUUGUUUGGUAAACAUUUGAGGUUUGUAUAAAACAAGAUUUUCUUCCAGUAUGCAGCGGGAUAUUCAAACUAAGAGCUGUUGAACCUGAUUGCACCUCACAUUGUACCAAUGACAUCAUCACACAAUGAACGCUCAAAAGUUUACCAACUUUCCUCGUGUAAGAUACUUAGUAAGUUAAACCUCAAAUGUUACAAUGAUAUAUCUUACCACUGGCACAAACUUACUCCCACUUUCACGCCCAUCUCAAUAGUCUGCCGUUGUUAACUUUUGCAUUUUGCUGUUUCUCCAUUUCUUCUGGCAGACACCAGACUCUCUGCUUGCAGUGUGAGCUUACAGGAGAGUUCGAACCCAGUUAGGCAUGGCCGAUGAGCCGUAUAUGUUUGUCUCUUGGUCUCCCAAUAGAAAUGGCUAAGAUAAGCCAUGAUCUGUGUGCCUCUUGGAACCACGAGAGUCUCUGGGUUUCCACUAGACAUAACUAUAAAGAUAGCCCUCAACUGCAUGCCUCUGGGUCUGCCCUAGACAUGACGAUGAUUAGCCUUAUCUGCAUGUCUCUGGGUCUCCUUUAGACAUGACGAUGAUGAAUGUUAUCUGCAUGUCUCUGGUUCUGUCAUUGUCGUUAUUAAUCAAGUGGAACUAUUUCUUGGAAAGCUAACUUUUCUUUGAAUAAAUUUUUGACAUAAA